GAGGAGCCUAGCCUAGGCCUAGGCGCUAGCCCUAGCUUCAUCAGAUUUUAUCGGUAUCAAAAUCAUAGUACGAAACAUUAAGAAAGUUUUCCGAUACUAGAUGACUCAAGCAGUGACUUCUAAUGAUGGACAUGUACAAUCUCCAUCGAAGAAAGCAACGUUUGGGCUGUUUGUAGCAGGUGCGUGCGGAGUUGUUGUUGGUGGAUUGUACGCCGUCGCGACCCCGUUCGUGCUGCCUGCUUUUCGCCGUGUAUGUUUACCUUACGUACCUGCUACAUCAAGACAAGUUCAAAAUGUAUUCAAAAUUCUUGCUGGAAGAACGGGUACACUGGUUGACCUUGGAAGUGGAGAUGGAAGAAUUGUAAUUGAUGCUGCAAAACAUGGCUACAAAUCUACAGGAUAUGAGCUAAACCCGUGGCUCGUCUGGUAUUCCAAGCUAAGUGCCGCCAGGAAUGGAGUAUCCAAAAAUGCCCAUUUUUACCGCACAGAUUUAUGGAAAACUGAUUUAUCAAAUUCGCAAAAUGUCGUCAUAUUUGGAGUAUCAUCUAUGAUGCAACAAUUGGAACAGAAACUAGUGAAUGAGCUUCAGCCUGGUGCUGCGGUAGUCGCGUGUCGUUUUCCUUUCACAAGCUGGUCACCGUCACACACCAUCGAUGAAGGGAUAGAUUCUGUAUGGCUGUAUGACAUAACAAAAGUACUUGAAGAAAAUAAUAAGGACAAUGUAGACACAUUUAAAGCAGGGAGCUGAUGAAUAUUCAUGUUUGAGAAUAGAACCUAAUAAAUAUUCAUGAGAUAUGUAUUGAAA